UUAAGGUUUUUUCUUUUCACGAUUGUGCACUUCACAAUAAGUGUGUUCAUAUUCAUACUUUAACUAUUUUAAAGUUUGUUCACCAUUGUAGACAAUAUUCAUUUGAGAAAUACAAUCCACUCAUAAGAUUUAGGAGGGGCUUAAAUAUAUAUCGUAACGAUGAGUGUCAAUCAUUUUUGGUGACAGGGAUAAAAUACAUAUCUACCCGAUGAAAGUCAAUCAGACGUAAUUUGGGAGGUGAUGUGAUUGAAUGAUUUCUUGAUUUUAUUUAUGGAUGAUUUAUUAUUUUACAUUUUCAUUUCUUAUUUUGGAGUUUCGGUUGUGACAGCAUCUUUUUAUCCUAACAAAGUUCGACCGGAGGCUAAGUUGGAGUAUACUGAAAGCAGUCUGCCUAAUUAACGAGAAUCCUUUUAACACCGAAAAUGAGCUACAUUUGGACAACGGAAUACCAGAACCCUCUCGCCGAUCUGGGACCGGAAGAGGGGAUGGCUGGUCAGUAUGGUGUGAGCGCCACGCCGUCUCUGAACUCACGGAACUCGCGAGAAUAUCAGUCGACCAGCAAACAGUCUUCCAACAAACCUACUUGUCAGCGACCCCGGGUAGUUGCCAUUGUCGCCGUAUUGAUUGUUCUCCUCAUAAGUGCGGUUGCUAUAGCAACCUGGCUGGCACUCGCCGGGAAUGAUGACGUAUUGAGUGACGCAGAACGUUUGAAGAGUUACCGGACGGAAAUGGAAACCAACGUCCAUGAAUGGAAAUUGGACCUGUAUAGGGCCAAGACCGGAAGCUCACAGGUGUCCUCAAUGCCCUCGGACAUGAUGACGUCACGACUAGAAAGGGGAUUCCUCAUGCAGGCGGUGGUGAAGAAAAUGUCUUCUAUGCAAAAUAAAUCAAUAGAUGAACUUCUUGCAAGCGCAGAGGCUAACAGCCUAUUCCGCUCAACGGUGUCUGAUCUUUGUGACGUGCCAGUCACUUGCUCCGAGGACGUGAUGGCGUCACCGUAUAGAACCUACGACGGCUCUUGCAACAAUGUGCAAAAUCCGACCUGGGGAAUGACGUGGCAGCCGCAAAAAAGGAUUUUGCGAAGUGAAUAUGAUGAUGGACUGGGUGUUCCACGCAUGCGAAGUGUUUCUUCCGGAAGGGGGCCUCUUCCUAGCCCGCGCGCAGUCAGCAACGUUGUACAUGCAACUGGAACGGACAGGCGGACGGACAUGCACACCACAGUGAUGGUGAUGGCGUUCGGUCAAUUCUUGUCACACGACACCUCAUUUACUCCUGAAGUUAAAGUUCCCAACGCUGCUGGCAUGGACUGCUGCAAACGAGGUCACAAGAGCCCGUCAUCUGGGCAUUUCGAGUCCUGUCUGACUAUCGACGUGCCCGCGGACGACACCUACUUCCGGCCCAGCUCGUGCAUGGAGUUCGUCCGGACGGCGCCGUCUACAUGUCGAGAUUGCAAGAUAUGUAGAAGGGAGCAACUGAACGGAAUGACGUCAUACAUCGAUGCCAGCCAAGUGUACGGGGCGACGACGGAUGUCGCCUCAAGUUUGCGGAGCUUUGAACACGGUCGUAUGAAGGUCACGGGAAAUGACGAUAUGCUUCCGGCAGCAAGCAAUGACACGUGUCGACUUACCGUGCAGACACAGCACUGUUUCGCAGCAGGUGACAACAGAGCAAACGUUGUACCAAAUCUUUCUUCACACCACACGGCCUUUGUCCGCUACCACAAUUUGAUCGCCAAAAAAUUAGCCGACGAGAAUCCACACUGGUUAGACGAAAAGCUUUACCAGGAGGCGCGAAAAAUUGUGGUCGCCGUCAUGCAAAAUAUCGUGUACUCCGAGUACCUUCCAGUCUUCCUUGACAACGUUACCAUGGUGACGUACGGUCUCCGUGUACAGGUCGAAGGUCACGUGGAUGUAUAUGACUCUAACGUGGACGCCACAGUGUCGAACGCGUUCUCUACGGCAGCGUUCAGGUUCGGACACACCACUAUUCCGAAUAAUCAGGUGUCCCUGAGCGAGAGCUACCAGCACUUGACGACGGUCGACAUCGCGAAGACCUUCCACAACCCGAAUAUGACGUACCAUCACUGUGACGGCGUCGCUAGGUGGCUCGUGAACGAUACCGGCAUCGCAUCUGAUGGGCUUUUUGUGGACGGCGUGCGCAACCUGCUGUUCAGAGACGCCCAGAAUAUUAGCACCGACCUUCCGGCCAGGAACAUCCAACGGGGGCGCGACCAUGGACUUCCGGCUUACAAUCAGUGGCGCCGAUAUUGUUAUUUUACUGUUAUAUCGCAAGAACAGUUCGCCAUGAAAGGGACUCCAAUGGGGAAUUUUAGCACAGAAACCUCGGAUAAAUUUAGACAAAUAUAUGAACAUGCAGACGACAUCGACCUGUUCUCGGGAGCCAUGAAGGAGAUCCCACUUCCGGGAGCCCAGGUCGGUCCGGUGUUCGCUUGUCUCCUUGGUAACGAGUUCCGACGACUUAAGAUCGGUGAUCGCUUCUAUUUUGAGAACCCCUCACCUCAAAGUGGGCCGGAAACUGGCUUUACGCCUGAACAACUAACGUCCUUGAGGGCCAUACGCUUAUCUAAAAUCAUAUGUCUGACCAUGAACGCACCGACCAUUCAAAAAUACGUGUUCCACCCAACUAGUGAAACCAACUCGAGAGUCACAUGCGAAUCUCUGCCGGAAAUAGACUUCUCUAAGUGGAGAACGUCUGCGUAACACACUGGUCACGUGAUACUACCUACGUCAUGAUACCAUAUGGACUUAAUUGCCUGAAAUAGAUAAUGAGCUAUUUUCCUAACCUAGUGUGCUAUGUCCAUUACCGAAUGUGUUAUGAACAUUAACCAAUAUGCUAUGUACUAGACCCCAUGUGCAAUGUUAAAAACCAAAUGUGCUAUGUAUAUAAUCCAUUAGAACAUAAGUAACAUUUUGAUCCAAUGAAAUGACAUCAUUUUAAGUAAAACUGUCCGUUACUCUAUACAAGUUUCAAUAGCCAAUAAAAACAUAUAGGGUGUUUUUCUAUUUACCAGUACAAUGGCCAAUUAAAAAAGGUGAUACAUGUUUUAUAACGGUAAUAAUAAUAUAACGGGGGGGGGGGGGGGAGCACACAUUUUAAUAGGGUUGGGCAAAAAUAGACGGGAGUGGCCUGCCCUGCUAUUCUGGUUUAGCCAAAUACCGAAUUGUAUGUUAUAUUAUGAUAUUUGGAAAUCUGUUUUACAAAAUAUUAAAGUUAGAAUUAUACGCCUGACGAACCAAAGUCCUGGCUUUGAUCUAAGUAAGUAAAUACAUGUCAAGUUCUUACUUGAUACGAAGGGGCUCGAUACUCUGCAUCGCUCCGCCCCUCCUUAACAAAUAAAUUUUACUUAUUUUGUUCUUAUCAUUUCAACUAUUAUUUUAUCUUUCUUUUGUCUUUCUUUUCUGUUCUCGAAUGUAUAUUAUUUUAUUUAAAUCUGAAGAAAGGUAAUGCCAGUCAUAUUUAUACUUGCCACACCAUCUGCUAUCUUUUCACAAAACCCUUUUACAAAAUUGCCGGAAAUAAAAUGCAUUUAAUUGUAAACGUUUAUUGAAACGGGCUGACACAUAAUACUUAAGUAAGCAUUACUUUGUACCAUCAACAGCUUCAAAUAUAUGUUACAAACUUAGUAAAACAAGAAACGGAGAAAGAGCAUCGAAAAAAAUCAUGGCGAAAAUAUUUAGACAUCGAAAUUAUAAAUCCAUUGUUGUAUGCACCAUUAUGCACCAUUUUAUGCAGAGCUAGAUACACGUGCAAUAUACAUUUUAUGCUCAUACUGCUCAAAACAUUUAGAAGUCUUGCAACGGAUAUCCGAAUUACCGGAAGGUCUUGGAUCCAUCCGAUUAUUUGAAAUUACAGUUCCAAGCAUUUCCGCCUAAGUCUGGUUCGGUUCGGAUACGUAUACGUGGUGUCCAUGUUAUCUGUGAAUGUUUCUGAAUCAUUUUCUUAGGCGUAAUGAAUAUUUGAGUCAUUUUCUAACUUGUUUUGUUUUCUGCAAUAAAAUAAGCUUUUUUUAUCAUCAUAAUUUAUUAUCCCCAUAAAGUGGAACAAAUCGAUUGGUUUCAAAAUUACGUUAUUCCCAUAGAUCUUAAACAGCAUUUUGAACAACGUCUGCUCAAAUUGACAUGGGUAAUAUAAUACUGAGAAUUUCAAUGAAAAAAUAUUCUUUGUUAAUGAGACGGAAUUCUCAUAAUGAAUAUUGAUACAGCUUGUUACAUUUUAAAAAUCCUAUUACGCAAAACAAAAUACCGCAAGUAACAAAAGCACCACAAGCAUUACAAGCAUAGACGUAAUGUAAAAUCGCGACAGCUAGUAAAACAUAUAAGUUUUAUUAUUAAAAUAUCAUUGAACAAUUGUUGUUAUUUGUGUGAUGUAUCUAGGUUUAUUAUUUCAUCAUCAUUAAUCAGCAGCAUAAGAAACGGGUUAAUGGGAAACUGUUGUCUCAGCUAAGAACUUCUGUAUCAUCUGCAAUAUGUGCAACAUAUCUGGCUUCCAAUUAUUGCCAUUAACAUGCUAUGCGUCACGUUUAUUAAACAAUAUGUAUGUGGUUCAUCAACUUAUUUUCUUUUUUUUCAAAUUUUUAUUAUUGUGAUGUACAUUCAUUUUAAUCCAUUAUCACAAUCAUUGCAAACAGGUUAAUGCUUACAAAAACCAUUUAAUAAGCAUACUGGUGAUUGGAAUGCUUUCGCUGAUUGUAAAAUACUCGGUUCACGAGAACGUCAUAGGUAUGCGUGUAUGUAACCAGAAUGCGAGUAUAACAAACCGUUAUGCAUAUUUAUUUAAUCUAACUCAUAAACGAUGCCCUUUCAUACUAGUUGCAUUAUGGAUGUAUUCAUAUACGCUUCUGCAAAUAAAAUUAAAAUGAACAAAAUUU